AUGGAGGCAUUACCUGCGAGAGAUUCUUCGAAUGGAUUGACUUAUACUUAUAAAUUAUGCCCGGGAGCAACGGAUAUUGAUGACUAUGGAUUAACCUUGGCUAGAGAUGUAAAAAUGCCAGAACAUUUAAUUGAACAUGCUGCAGAAAUUGGAAAGUGUCUACGUCAAACAAGAACAGCGUUACCAGAAAAUCCAUCAAAUGAAGCAGACCUAAUUUUGGAUACUUGUAUUCAAAAGCUGUUAAGUAUGAAAGAUACAGAAUGUCUCGAUAUAUCCAACUUUCAGUUGGUAGUAUCAGAAAUGAUGAAUAAUUUAAAAGAAAAUAGAAGAAAAAAUAUUGACCCAUGGAUGGAAUCUUUGGACUCCGAUGAAGAAAUGUAUUCGCAAAGAUUAAGUGAUUAUAACACAACAUCGUCAACAAAUAAUUCUACAUAA